ACCCCUGGUCUCCUCUCGGCUUUAAGCCUGAUGCCAAAAUGGCUGGAACCAGCCUCGGAUCCAGAAAUAACAUCCCCGAUUAUGAGACGGUGGAUCUGAACACUCGGGCAUUCCACGUGGGCGCUUUCGGGGCCCUUUGGAAGGAGUCGCUCCGCCAGGAAGACGUGUCUCUCCAGCAGGCAGAACCUGCGGACGAUGAGGCGGCGGUGAUGGAGGAUUUUCUCUGCACGCCGGAGAUCGCGGCAGAGCUGAAAGCUGUGUGCAGCAUUGCUGCACUGAAGAGCUCUGAUAAAGAAGAUACAGAAGUGAUACCCGAAGAUACCAACUUAAUAACUCUUAAAAUUCGGCAGAAAGCUCUGGAGAGACGAGAAGAAACCAUCCUUGUUGAUCGUGCAUGUAGACAAGAAACAUUUAUUCAUGAGAUGGAAUCUCAUGCAAUUGGAAAAAGGCCCAAAGAUCCUGGGAAUAUGAUUGACGAAGCCGAACUUGUGUUAACCCUCAACAUUUUUUAUCCAGUUAUAUUUCAAAAGCAUAAGCUCCGGAAGCCGUAUCAGACGCUGUUGGUCCUAGGGAGUCAAAAACUUACCGAGCUUCGAGAUUGCAUUUCUUGUGUUAGCGACCUUCAGAUUGGUGGGGAGUUUAGCAAUAAUCCUGCUCAGGCCCCAGAAAAUAUCAGCAAGGAUCUCUACAAGUCUGCCUUCUUUUACUUUGAAGGUGUUUUUUAUAAUGAUAGCAGGUAUGCUGAAUGCAGAGAUCUGAGCAGGACAAUUACUGAGUGGGCAGAAUCCCGCGACCGAGGUUAUGGAACUCUUCAGGCCACUAAAAUGGAAGACUACACAUUUAAUGAUUUGAACAUAAAAAUAGGUUUCCCAUACCUUUAUUGUCACCAAGGAGAUUGUGAGCACAUUGUUAUUAUCACAGAUAUCAGGCUUAUUCAUCGAGAUGACUGCCUAGAUAGAAGCCUGUAUCCUUUAUUAACCAAAAAACAUUGGCUAUGGACUAAAAAGUGUUUUGUGUGCAAAAUGUACACAGCCAGAUGGGUAACGAAUGAAGACAGCCUUGCUCCACAAGAGCCCUCAUUCUUUUGUGAUGUCUGUUUCCAAACACUCCAUUAUGAUGCAGAUGGGAACAAGCUGGGAGAGUUCCUUGCUUAUCCUUAUGUUGAUCCAGGGAUUUUCAACUGAGCUCAAGAAGAAAGGAAAUUAAAUAAUAUGGGGUAUCAUCUGCUUCAGUGCCUGUUGGAACAUGAAUCAUCCAGUACUGUAAUUAAGCAUUGGACAACGUAUGGAACAUUUUUUAUUUUUACACCUUGAUCUUCCAGAAGAAUAACUUGGCAAAGAAAAGACAUGAUCAUAAUGGUGUUCUUGCUCCAGUUUGGCACCCUGGGAUAUUGGAUCCUUAUUCAUCUCUCUCUUAUUUGGUUUUGAAGGGCAGAACAAAGUUUUUUGAAGGAUAUUGUCACAUUGUUGGAUUUUUUUUUAGUUUUGUUGAGUUUUAAUAUUAACUUUGCUAAUAAAUGUUUUCUGUAUUUUAGUUAGCAACCAUUUUUUUAGGGGUUGUGAUACUUAGCACAGCAUUUCAGGAUCGCAAAAUUGACAGUUUGAUGCUUGGAUCUCUCCCAUGUUGUUGCUAACGCUCUCUUGGGCUUCUCUCUAUGAGAGAUUAGGCAUUGCUAGAUAGACAAUAAAGCUGUGCUGCCACAGUUUAAUACUGCUAUUUCACAUUUUGAGAAUUCACGUGCAGCUCAGUUGCUUUGAGUGGCUGACCUUUCAAAUUAUAUUUAUUUAAAUAUAAUUGGAUGGGUCUUUUAUUUAAUAACUUGCCUCCUUGGACUAUUUUCCUAACUUUUCUUCUAUCCUUUCUGUGGUCCUCUUGCCAUUAGUGCCUUUGUUUCUUUUCUCUCAAACCAUCCCAUUUCCUUGUUUGUCUUUUAUUCCUUCUCACAUUUAUUCUCCGUUCCUGUAGGCCUUCCCCAUCUUUUCGUCCUUCUGUUCUUCCAGGUAACCCUCUUUUUUUCAAUGCAGAAACUCUGUACACCCAUGAGCUCCAUCUUACAGAUGUUAAUACUGUAUAUGCUGAUUCUUACAUUCAUGUUUAAUACAUUAAACUCUG